CUGCAUAGACUUAAAUCUACUCAGUUUCUGAAUCAGAGUCAAUCACACACAUAGUCAAGCCUAUAUACACACGUACCAUACGCUAUCAUGGCCAAUAUAUAUCCAUACGGCUGCUUCACGCAUGCUGUGGUCAGAGGUAUCCCAGAAUCCUUUGGGAAGUUGGCGGAGGGCAAAGAAGUGUUUCAGACGGACCUGGCCAAGGCCCAGCGUCAGAUGGGGGUGCUGACGGGUGCUCUGAGACAGAAGGUGGGGCUGCAGCUGAUCGAGAUCCCAGCAGUGUCCGAGCUGCCCGAGAGCUGGAGGAUCGAAGACGUGGCUGUGAUCCAGGGCGACACGGCGCUCAUCACCCGACCCCUCAAACAGCAGAGACGCGCUGAGGCGGAGGCCGUGCAGCGCGUCCUGAGCGAGCUCAAGCUGACGGUGAUGGAGAUGGGCGACGAGGAGGGCGGAUCUGCUGGAGCCACUCUGGAAGGAAGUGAUGUCCUCUUCACUGGAAAAGAGUUCUUCGUGGGCAUUUCGAAACACACCAAUCACCGUGGGGCAGAAGUUUUGGCUGACACUUUCAAGGACUUUGCGGUGUCCACUGUGCCGGUGUAUGGAGGCUCUCGUCUGAAGAACAUCUGCUCCAUGGGUGGCCCUGACACCAUCAUCAUCAGCAGCAGUGACGGGGCCAAGAAAACACUCCGAGUGAUGGAGCAGCUGACUGACCAUCACUACGAGAUCUUGUCUGUAACUGAGGAUGCCGCUGCUAACUGCAUUUACAUUAGAGGUCCUGCUAAAGCGGACUUCCUCCUGCACCCCACAGCGGAGGAGUGUCCCAACAGUGUUCCUGCUUUCCAGCGUUUGACAGACUACACCCUGCUGCCCACCGCCUGCAGCGAAGCCUCCAAAUUCGGGGCGGCGCUGUCCUCCCUUUGCCUUCUUAUCAACAAGAGACCCAACUAUUAAGACACUCAUGUACAAUCAUUGCAUAACCAUAUUUACUUUAUUUUCUUAUGCAUUCACUUCAGUCUGAGGUUUGAGGGGCAGAAAUGGCCCAGUAAGAACUGGUUUGCUCUUGUCUGCAACUAUCCACAUGUUUCUCCUAUGCUUUCAUUCUCUAGCUCAGCUGCAGGUUUGUUUGGAUUUUUAGAAUGGACACACAUUAUGAGAGUAUUACAAUAAACAGCCUUUACUCACAGUGAAACUGAGGGGUUAAAGUGAUAGUUCACCCCAAAAAUAAAUUCAUUUUUCUCUUUACUCCUUGGGUGUUUCUUGUUCAAAUUCUCCAUUCUGGAGCUCGAGCUCCUUGACCAAACGCGCCAGCCUCUAACAUUUUUAGCAGUCCUGGAGACCUCGAUCAGCUUGUCCCGCGUGUCUAUGAUCAGGGUUGUGCGGGUGAGUCUCGUGAAAACCAACGUUUGUUACCAGGUAUAAAGGAAGCAAAGUUUCCUUGCUUUAGCAAAGGAAAACCUCCUCCUGGUUUGUAUCGAAAUCCUCCAACAUUCUUUACAAAAUCUCGUUUUUUACUUCUAGUUAGUGACUGGUGUUGAGGUAAACAUCUUU